GGUCUAAUGAUCGCCACCGACGCGGACUUCUCGACAUCUGCUUGAAACUUGGUGACCAGCCCAUUAUCACUGACGGCUGUUCAGAAAGUGACCUAUUAAACAACAUCGUGAACACGGUGUCUCUCCUGGAAGGUGGGCUGCUCCAAGAAGUGGUGGAGACGGUGUCAGCUUUAACUGGUGGGCUCAUUGGUGACUCUAGUCGUUGUGGACAAGAAGGUAGACAAGACGGCGGUUGUGCAAAUGACCCGAAAGUACCACAAACGACACCGAAACCGCCGAAGACUUCCACCAGUGUGUUUGAGCCUGUGAAAACGACCGAGAAAGCUCUUCCACAUGUGGAUGUUCCAACAGUAAAAGAGGUUCCCACAUGUGAUCAAAAGCCGGCGUGUCCAUCUAAAGUACAGGCCUGCGAUGUGUGUGGGUGUUUGGGUGAUAUUGUAAAUGGACUGACUCAUGGUUUUGCUGGAGAGCUGACAGAUGGGCUUACCAAGGGGUUAACAGAAGGACUCACAGCAGGAUUAACUCUUGGGCUCACUAAGGGAUUAUCAGAUGGACUUUCCCAAGGUUUAUCCAGCGGGUUAUCGGAUGGAUUGUCAGGCGGAUUGGUGCAAGGAUUGAACGAGGGUCUGACGAAAGGAUUGGUCAAUGGGUUGGCAGGCGGCUUGUCUGUAGGUCUAGCAGAUGGUUUGACGACAGGGAUUUCAAAGGGGUUGGCAUCUGGAUUGGCUGGGGGAUUGAUCCAAGGGUUAUCAGAGGAAUUAAUCUCAGGUCUGAGCAAGGGAUUAACCAAAGGGUUAACAAAUGGCCUAACUAAUGGAUUAUCAGGAGGUCUUACGACUGCACUAAGUGAAGGUCUGGCUAAAGGAUUAACUGGCGGUCUAUCUAGUUUAACUAGCGGCUUAGUCGGCGAGCUGGACAGUCUAUCUAAGGGACUGACAGGUCUAACAGGGAAUCUCUCAGACGGCUUGGCAAAGAAUUUGAUUCAUGGUGUUACAGAUCUGACUGGGGGGCUUCUUUCAGGGGGUUCAGUCAGUGGGCUUAUUGGAGGAAACAGAAGUCUCCUCAAUGGGCUUCUUGGAAAUAAAGGUGACAUCCUGGGUGGGGAUAAGUCUGCAGGCCUUGACAGUGGACUUCUUGUCGAUACAGUCGGAGGUCUUUUAGAAGAGUUGACUGGGAAGAAAGAGGGGCUGAUUGGGGAUAUUCUAGGUGGGGACAAAGGUCUAGCUGCUGGGCUUCUUGGCAAUACAACUGGAGGUCUAACUGAUGGACUUGUGGGAAUUGCAGAUGGGCUUCUUGGAGGAGGAAAGGAUGGGUUUGUUGGUGGGCUUCUUGGCAAUGGAGGUGUCCUUGGUGGUAUUUUAGGAGGAAAAAGUCUUCUUGGUGGACUUUCAGGAGCUUCAGAAGGACUUGAUGGGUCUCUCGGAGAGAAAGACAGCCCCGCUGAUGGACUUUUGGGACCUUCGCCUGGCGGUGGUCUUCUGGGAAGUCAAAGUCCAACAG